AGCGAGUCGCUGCUCGCGCGCGGGGUAACGGGGUUGCGGGGCUGCGGCCGUCAGUCGUCGGGUGAGCGGGGUGCGACGCUAACGCGGUCUCGGACUAUGGCGGAAGGGCUGAUCCUCAUUCCCAUAAAAGGGUCGAGUUGAUCGUGGUGCAGAUACGUGUGAUCUCCCUGCGCCCAUCAAACGGAAUGCACUAGCACUAUGAAACAAAUAAAGAUGGCUUCUAAGUAAAUAUUAUACAUUGUUAAAGAUUUGUUGUAUUGUUCAUGGAAUACGAGAGAAUACUUAUGUAUACAUCAUUGAAAUAUUGUUGAUACGUUAGCUUAUACGCCAGGACUUGUACUGAUAAUAUCUUCCAAAGAAGGAAAUAAAUGGUAAAGAUGGCUACGCAAAGAUUUUGUUUAAGGUGGAACAACCACCAAACUAAUAUGCUGUCAGUGUUUGAUCAGCUAUUACAUGCAGAGACAUUCACUGAUGUAACGCUGGCCGUGGAAGGCCAAUUGCUUAAAGCACAUAAAAUGGUUUUAUCGGCUUGCAGUCCUUACUUUCAAGCCCUAUUCGUUAACCACCAGGAAAAACAUCCGAUCGUUAUCUUGAAGGAUGUUCCUUACUCUGAUAUGAAAAGCUUAUUAGAUUUUAUGUACAGAGGUGAGGUCAGCGUCGACCAAGAGCGUCUGACGGCAUUCCUCAAAGUGGCUGAAAGUCUGAGGAUAAAGGGACUUACAGAAGUCAAUGAAGAGAAAUGCGAUAUUCCCGCAUUGACCAACUCGUUAAUACAACAACAACAGACCAAUACAUCUGCACACACUCCACCGCCGCAGUUACACAGAAUACACCCAUACAUGCACCAAAAGAGGCCUGCGUCAGGUAUUCCGAGUGGAGGGGCACCUCCUAAUUUACUUAUGCCUUUAUUGGGCAACGCUUUAAUGCAACCAAAACGGAAACGAGGUCGACCCAGAAAACUGAGUGGAAGCUCUAGUGAUGCCCUUAACACAGCCGCCAGUCCACCGGGUGAAUUCAUACCGGAAUCGGCGUCGCAUGCGUCGAACAAUAGGGCAGGAGAUCAACUGAUUCGUGGCUCGCCGGAAAUGUUAGAAGUUAAAAUGUCGAUGGAUGGAUUUAAUGCAGAAGAUGGAAUCACGUCGGGCGGAGAAGACGGAGGAGAGGCGCUAAUGAUCGACGAGGGUGACGAUGCUCAGUCAAAUGAGGCUCCGGCGUCUGGCAAAGAUUCGGAAUCAGCAGAAGUCGAUAUAACGCCAAGAGAGGGAUCGCAUCAAAAUUUUCCGGCGAAUGGACCGGUGUUAUCGAUUGAGAAUGGAUCAAUUAAACAGGAGCCCAAUGCUGAAACCGUUGACGAUUACAAUGAGCCAAUCGAAUACAAAUACAAUCCAGAUAGGAGCCGUGAAAACUCUAACUCCCGGGAAGGUCCGUUGAAAGAUACCGAUGACAAAAUCAGACAAGGUCGUAAUUUAAAGCCAAAGAAUAGUAAAAAAUUACUACCCCAAAUGUCAAAAUUUAGAGCCCGAACCUUAUUCAAUCAGCUCUCUGGUCUCUCCAAUUUAAAUCCUGCCCUCAACAGCUUUGACAAAUUCCCUCCCGAGACUGUCCUCAUGCCGGCUCUUGCUACUCAACUGUUCGCUGCCGAGUUGGAACAAAAUAAUUUAAACAUGACAAACAACGAUGUUGUUGACUUAGGGCAGACUAAUUGGGAACAUCGUAUAUUUCCUUCGCCAAUUAGAAAAAAUAACAUAGGUAACGUUGGUAGCUACCACGAGGAAACUAAUGAAUCAGUAAGGGACUACUGUAUCAAGGAAGGCGAGAACGUCUUCAGAUGCAAGAUAUGCGCUCGAGUUUACACUCACAUUAGCAAUUUUUGUCGACAUUACGUCACUUCCCACAAAAAAGACGUCAAAGUUUUCCCUUGCCCCAUUUGUUAUAAAGAGUUCACCCGAAAGGAUAACAUGAUCGCCCAUCUCAAAAUCAUUCAUAAAAAUCAACCCCAUGCCAACGAACAAACGGCAAAGCAAGAGUCUUAAUAAUACAAAUAUAUAUUUUAACGAUUAUUUUAAAAGAUCUGAUUUAAUUUUUAAAUUCAACAUUAAGUAAAUUAGAAUUUGAAUUUACGAAUAGCGGUUAAAAGUGUAGAUUGCAAGUGGAUAGGCGUUCGAGCUCUAAGUUUCACGAUAUAACAAUAAGUUUGUUGGUAUUUUGAGCGACAUAAGUCGUUUGUUGUUAUAUUUAUCUAUUUAUUUAUGUUGUUCCAUUUUUUUCUCAGAGUGCUGAACUACGAAGAGAUUUAUAAAAUUUUUCUAUAAUUUACUUGUUAUUUUGCACUCACUUGUUACUUAAUUUUAUUACUUACAAAAAUUUCAGGGUACAAAGUAACUACUCAUGGUGAUCGUUAUUUCAAACGUAGUCUAUUCGAUUACACGCAAUUCUCAUUGAACUGAAUUAGUUAAUGUAGUUUAGGAGUUAUUUUUACGAGUAUACCAAUGGCGGAGCCUUUUUGUAAAUUUAUAUUUAUUAAGAUUCAGAAUAUUGAAUAUUUCCUGAUGAGAGGCUAUGCUAGACUCUACAAAAAGGCUUAUCGACGCCAUUAUCAGUAGUGGUGUGAAGUGCAUUUUCAUUUAACUUGCCUUAUUAGUGAUCUUAGUUGUAUAAUUUAUAAUGUAACUUCUCCGAAGUAAAACUCAACACGGGCUAUGAUUUUAAUGUGUAGAUUUUGUUAAGGUUAAUUUAAAAUAGUUUAUCAAUGUUGAAAUGUUUGGUUGUAAACGUUAUUCUAUUCAAAUAUAGACCAUAAUGUAUGAUGGCUAAGAGAUAGAAUAGCUUACAAUAAUCUCAUUUAAACAAUCGUAGUAUAGGUUCAGUUCCUUAAAAUGUACGCAGCUUUGUCAGUAGUAAAAGAGUCUAACCACGAUUUUUCCAUUUAUGUAAUUUCUUUUGUCGAGAUGCAUGUAUAUUUAUACACUUUACAUAUUUUAUCUAUAGGUCAAUUAUGUACCUUCUGUAACGAGUAUCUGUCAAAGACAAUAUUGUAAAUUGUUCGUAGGGGAACAUAUUAUUAUUGUGUAGUAGAUAAAUGGGGACGUUAUACUUAUAUAACAUUCACGUAUGAAAUAAUAUUCUCCUACCAAUUUCAUGUUAUAGCAGCUUUAUUUAUUAUGAAUGUGUAAAGAAUACAAAAUAAAACAUUUAGUUUUGUAAAUAUUACUUAAACGACAACAUGAUUGUUGUAAAAAGUGAUUUUAGCAAGGUGCUUGGAGAAAAGUUUAAAAUUAAAUGGAACCAUGAGAUGAUUUGUAAAUUCUAUUAGUAUGAAUCAAAAUGCCUUAAAUAUAUAUACUAGGGUAUUGUACUUAUUAAAUUAUUUAGUUAAAUUAGAGGCAAAAGUAGUCUUCCAUAUAAUGAUAGAUACACUUUCUCAUUCAGUUGUUCUAUAAUAUAAAUAUCGAAGUGGUCAAAAAAUCGGGAUACUUAGUUUACACUUGUGCUUGUCAGGUUCCUGUAUUUUCCAAAAUUAAGUGAAUAUUUGACGUAAAUGCCUUUUUAUGACGAAUAUAUGGCAACAAUUUGGUGGAAGGCUUAUUCGGCCUUUCGCGUAAGUUACUAAACACAAAUGCCUAGUAUUAAAAUUAAAUAUAUUAUCUAGGUAUUUGUGUCUAUAUCGAUCUUCCUAAUGUUUUUUUAGUUCACUAUCAUUAUGACCAUCAAACUUACUUUACUUUUUUGAAAUAUUAAAAAUACUUAACAAUAGUUUUACAUUAUUGGUCAAUUUUACUUUGAAUUUUUUAUUUUUCAUUCUAAACAAACUACUAAACUAUGGAUAACAUACAAAUUAACGCAAUGCUAAACUUAAAACUUACACUAAAAGCUCAAAAACUUACAACAAAAGCUAAAAGUGUGGACCAAACGUCAGCUAAACUAAGUACCUUCCCCCUCGAGCUUUAAGCUUUCUAAUUUUAAUUUUAAACAUUUUUUAAAAUAAAAAAAAAUACAUAAGUAUAUUGAUUGAUCUUAGAAAUUAUAAUUAUUUACUUUCUCCAUUUAUUGACAAAAGAGUGCGUUUUCAGUUUUAAUCGCUGAAAUAGUUUUAAAUGUCAUGUGGUAUGAUGGUAUAUACAUAUAGUUUACUUGCGUUAUAUUUAAUUAUUAAGGCAAGGAACGUUUAAGAAAAAAAUCUGGUCUAGGGAAACGGAAUGUUGAAGAGCAAUGGUUCCUACGGCACAAGUGUAAACGCAGUGUUUGGUAAAAUUUUACGUUCUUGAUCCAAAACUUACCGGUUUCCAAAAAAAAUAAGUAGUAGGUCCAGGGAACGCUUGCCUAUUAGUGUGCCUUUACUUGUAUAUUAAUAAGUUAAAUCGACUACUAGAUAACUAAGAAAUUUCAAAGAAUAUUAUGUAUAUUUAUUUAUUUUCAUUAUUCAAAGUUUACAAUCUACUUUAAGAAGCUUCCUUAGGAUUAUAGAAACCUCUAGGCCCAAGUAGUUAAAUAUAAAAGUAUAUUGUUAAAUUUAGGGAUUAUCAUCUCAUGUGUCCCACUUUACAUGAAAAUUAUAAAAAACGUUGUAAUAAAAAAACACUCGUAAUAAAAUUGGGACAACGGCGCAGAGGCGCCUAGUUAAAAAAAUGUCAAGACUGUUGAAUUCAUAUAAACGAAUUUAUUGUACCUUUCAUAAUCUUUAUAUGAAAAAAUUUAUCUUUGAUCAGGGAUAGGUACUUAAAAUGGGAAAUUUAGAUAUAUUUCAAGGUGAGGCUAAUGUCGGAAGUUUCAGAUAUUUAAUAAUAGUCAAUUUAGCCAGUGCCUAAACUUAAAACGUUUUAAAAGUCGAAACUUCUAACUUUCCUUAUUUAAAUCAUGUUAAUCAUUCUCCUUUCAGAGUUCCUUUUUAUUCUACGUAAUAUAUUUACUUAAAUAAAAUAGUAAAUUCUAUUUGUAUUUGUUAUAAACAAUUAUAAAAGUUCUAUUUAUGUUAACGAGAAAUGUCUUAAUUAGAAUAUCUUAUUUCUAAAUUGAUGGAACAUUAUUUACUUAAAGCUAUAUCAUCAAUUGGUGCUAAAUUAAACUUAAGGCGACGUCGCAUGUGAUGUGACGUAUAAAUGAAUUGUCCCUAAAGAGUAUGUUGUUUGUUAUUGUUGUUUUGAAAUACAUCUAUAAAAGGCCCUAAUUCUGUUAUCGUUAGAGGAAAUAAUGUACUGUUAUACGGGGCUUCAUAAAGGCAGCUACAUUAUAUACAAAGAGUUUAUGUACAGAUGCUAUAUGUAUUACUGUUUUACAGAUAAAUAAUAGAUUUAUGCGUAUGUUUCAUUCUCAGAGUAUAUAUAUGCUUAUAUAAUGUUACAAAUUAUAUUAUAUUCUUAAAUAGGAUUUCGUAGUAAAUUUAUCAGAUUACAUUUGCAAAAUAUAAAUUAUAUCUAAUAAUAUAUUAAUUACAAAUAAUUACAUGUCACUUUUUUUCCUGUGUAAAAUUACUUUUGACAGUGGUUUAGGAGAGGUGUUCACCAAAGCAAUUCAAACUCAUAUUUUAGUAACAUGUUUACAUUCAAGUUUUUCAUGAAAGUAGAAAUUUGACUUAUCAUAUAGAGAGAUUAAUGGUUAAAUGAUAUCAUUUUGUCAAUUAAAGUUAAAACGGAGAUUCAAUAAUAUGUACGUUAUAUACCUACUAUUUGUUUAAAUUAUAUAUAUAUAUUUCGAUGGUGUUAUUUUUUGUAUUAUGUUUGUUAAAUUUCUUUAUAAUAUCGCUAUCCAAACUUUGUAAAUGUACUUAUUAUCAUGUCAACCUACAAAAAUAUUCGGAACUGUUUGACACAGUACUUUUUUCAAGCUGAUAGUAAAUUAUACUUAAAGGUGGUUGUUACUUACAAAUUUACUGAAAAGCGUAGUAUGUAUAAGUGUAUACACAGACACCUCUGCAUGGAUACUGUAAGGGUAUUUAUUACGUAGCCCAAUGUUUAUGGUCACGUGAUACAAUUUUGUACCCUUGCGCCAUCUAGCGAAUUUUGCACUUAUAUCAUACACGUAAACUGUAACAAGAUUAAUUCGGAUAUCUGUAAGCGAACUGAAUAAGUACAUAGGCGACAUAUUACAAAAAUAAUAAUUAAACUCAGCCUAAUCUUACUUCGUUAGUAGCAUUUUCAUAUUAUUUGUCACAACAUUUAUGGACGAUCAUAAUUAUAUUAUUAACACCUUUAAUUUUUUAGAUCAAUUUGUCAUUUGUUUCCAAUCGCUACUUUCAAAAUUGAAUUUGUGCAAGUUCCCUUGAUUGGUUGUUUUGAAUUUUCAUUAGUAAUGGACAACUUUCUCCGCAAUUCGAUGAAUUUGAUUUAUUUUCCCUCGAAUAGUUUUGUUUUCUUUCAUUAAUAUUGUUACUACAUCUAACAAAAUUAAUUGCAGUUCCUUGAUAAAUAUUAUUUACCUUUCUAAGUGAGGGAUUGUUUCGAUCAGAGAAGAACUAGAUAUCUUCAAUAUUAGUUACGUCCAUCUUGCUCUAAAUUCAAUUCAUUACUAGAUCGCGAUAGAUCAGUUAAGUGCUAAUUUGUUCAGUUUACUCAGAUUUUUACUCAAACCAAUUACUUUAUAUACAACUUUAUUGAUUUCGUGUUUUAUGUUAAGUUUUAUUACAUUCAAAAUUAUUUUUACCGAUAUAUUUUUAUUUCUGUUAAAAGAAAGAAAAUCGAUAUAUAAAGUAAGAUUCAAAGUUUUUCUUAGUGCAUUCCUCAGGGUUAGGUUAAGGUUAGAAGAAACAGUUAACGGUUCAAGCAAGAAGAAAUUUCAAUUAAAUAGACAAUUUUACACCUCUCUUAUGUAUUUUUAAAUAAAAAUUAUACAACAAAUAUUUUAACUCAACAUGACACAGUAAAUUUGAAGCAUAAUAUUAAUAAAUUAUUACAUAGUUCUUAGCCAAAUGUUGACUCCAUAUUUUCUUUGUUACUCGCACUUAGACAAUAGCAGAUGCAAAGUGUAAUACAUAUUUAGAGAGAUUUAGAUUCGAAGGUUACACGAUAUAGCAUUAUUUGUUAUUGAAGGAAAUACGAUCGUAUACAAUAAGGUGUUAAUUACUAUUUUUAGAAUCUUUAAAGAAAAUAAUAAAAGUUAAAGCUAAAUUAAAUCUUUUCUAUUGAUGUUAUUGUUUGGUUACGUUCCAUUGUUUAUUUUUAUUUCGGACCUUUUAUUAUUUGUAUCUUUUUUGUCAGCUGUUUCAUAUUUGUAUAUUUUUUCUUGUAAAUUUCCGCUCGACGAAUUUUUGAACCAAGUGACCUAGUCACCAUUGUGGUUACAUUAAAAAAUAUACAUUUACGUCAUGGCAUUUCUGUUGUUUGUUGAAAAUCUCUUACUAUUAUUCUUUAACUUCCAAUACCUGAUAUAUAUAUAAUAAUGGAAAAUUUAGAUAUAAUUUUGCCUCAAACGAAUAUAUCCAGAGGUCAAGGACACUCUUCAUUUGCCUUCAAGCGUACCUUCUAAUAGUGAUACAAGCAACGAUGCUUAAAUAUAAAUUAAUUCGAACUACAAUAAAGAAUACUAUGAUUUAUAGUAGCAAAGUAACAACACGGGUUAUUAGUAAAGAUUAGAUUAAGUUAUUUAUAAUAUUAUAAUAGGCAUAAAUUGUGUUGUUUACGAUGGAGUGAAUUUUCUAUUCUGUAGAAAACUUAGUAGUCACGAAGAGAGGACUGAUCAGGUAGGUAUAUUGUCAUAUGAUACUACUCUCAAGUAGUCGGUGUGGUUAGAGCUAGUUACGUUAACAUACAUGCUUUCUAAGUUGCUCAAAUUGAUGCUAUGCGAAACAAAGUAUUUUUUGGUUCAGUACAAAUUGUUGCUUUUGUAUUUUUUUUAUUUUAAUCAAUAGAUUUAGAUGUCUUGUGAAGUGUAAUCAAUUGUGAGGCUGUUUUUUUUUGUUUUUAUUAAUUUCUUAAAGGGCAGCAAUUGAGACCUAUAAAUGAAUCCUUGCCAGAGUUAUCUAUCUCAAUUAAAUAACCCACCUUAUGUGAUCUUGUUGACUAAGAUGCGUUAUUUUUUUUAUUAAAUGAUGUACCUACUACACUUGCCGAAAUAGUUCCAAAUGCAAAUACUUGAGUCCUAUUUUUACAUAGUAAAAGCUAUCUUUUUUUUGUUACAUUAUUUUUUUAAUUUAUUACGUAGAUUUAAUGAUUACUUUAUAUAGUUUUUAAUUAUUUUAAUUUCCUCGGGAAAAAAAUUCGUCUAAAUUAUUAAAUUUGUCAUCACUGCCUGGUGUCGAUUCAAUUAAUUUGAUACAUGCACCGCAAAAUAUACACACGGAGUGAACAAAAAAUAUUCACUAUGAAUUUUGACGUGUACCUACCUAACUUAAUUAGGUAAUUCAUGUUUGUUUUAUUUUUGUUUAUAAUUUGAUAUGUAUUUAUUUAAGGAUUCACGUAGACGAGUUUGUCAUUUUGUUUAGUCAAACAACAUUUGUAGAAGAUUGUAAAAAAAAAAGUUGGUGCUACUUAACUGUUCUACAUUAAUCCGUUAUUACCUAUUAUGAUAAACUUGUCUAUGCCUAAGGUAGUUACAUCUGUCAUGAUUUUUUUUUCGUUUUUAUCAUGGUGUAUUUAAUUUCGUCAUUCAAUUUUGAACAAAUAAAUAUUAAUAUAUUUU